UACAAUCAACCCCCUCUCCCCUCCUACCCCUAUCCCAAUCUCCAUUAAAUGCAAAAUUCAACAUCUUUAAUCUUUGUUUCUUCCUUCUCUGUGUAAUUUACCUCAUCCAUUGCUGGUUACCCUAAUAACGGAAACCAGCAAUGGAUCAGGAUUCACAAUCAACGCCAAGAGCUAGCUCAUCAUCAUCUUCGUCUUUUUCUUCAAAAAAGACUCCACCUCCACCACCAACUCCGCAAUUAUCCCUCGUUGAGCCAGCUAAUUCUACCAAGAAAAAAAAUCGAACUAGGGUUUUUCGUGUUUUUCGAAACGUUUUCCGAUCGUUCCCCAUUAUUACACCUGCAUGCAAGCUUCCUUCUCUCCCCGGCGGCCGAUUACCGGACAGUAAUAGCCGUAUAAUUCCAGGUUCAAGAAUCACCGGUACGUUGUUUGGAUAUCGAAAAGGACGUGUUAGUAUCUCUAUUCAAGAAAACCCUAGAACUCUUCCCACAGUUGUUAUCGAACUCGCUUUGCAAACCAACGUUUUGCAGAAGGAAAUGAAUCUUGGCAUGGUCAGGAUUGCUUUAGAAUGCGAAAAAAGAGACAAAAAGGAGAAGAUAAAUCUUCUUGAAGAGCCAUUAUGGAGCAUGUAUUGUAAUGGCAAAAAAAGUGGCUAUGGUGUGAAAAGAGAAGCUACAGAAGAAGAUCUCAAUGUGAUGGAGAUUCUCAAACCGGUUUCUAUGGGCGCCGGCGUGUUGCCGGGAAAAUCUGACGUGGAAGGACCGGACGGCGAGAUGACGUAUAUGAGGGCACAUUUUGAACGUGUGGUUAAAUCAAAAGAUGCUGAAACACUAUACAUGUUGAGCCCAGAUGCAAAUGAUGGACCUGAAUUGAGUAUUUUCUUUGUAAGGAUAUGAUCGAUUAGUUAUUAUACAAUGAUCUUUGGGUCUUUAAUUAUUAGUUUAAAUUUAAUUGGAACCCUCUAAAAAUUAUUAGUGAGGGUAAUUUACUACCUUUAUAUGUAGAUAUCAAUUACUUACAUUAUAUUGUAGGUCUUUAUUAGUAGUUUGACUAUUAUACAUGCUCAACUGUCAGCAUUAUUUGUUCAA